GGCAUAACUUCAACAACACAGAAGAAAAUUUGAGGAAGAGUUUCACCGACAGAUUUAAUUUGUGACAUUCCUAAUUGGGAGGCUUACAGAGAUGCAAUGGUGAAGUAUUAAUUAAAUGUAGAAGAAACAAAAAUGCAAGACACACAUUGGCUCAUGUGAAGAUCUGGUUGACUGAUGUUAGGGGCCUUUCAAUAUGAAAAGAAUAAAAUGUUCCUUACUCCCAAGCUUUAUUUGCAAGAGAAAAACAAAUAAAAACGGUAUGUAAUAACGAUAAUUGAUAGAGCAUACAAAUAAUUCUGCUAAAUUCACAUGUAAUUAGAUGUUUAUUCUGAACCCUUCUUGCAGGGCUCCCCAGAUGGACAAACGCAGUAGCCCAAGAUUCUCAAAAACAAGAUUCCCAAUCUUUUGAACAAUGGGACACAACUGAUAACGUUUUCUGACUAUCGUCGCGUUUCUGCGUGUGCAUGUUGUCGAUCGUCCGAUAAUGAGAGCGAUAAUCUCGAGUUAUCAGGAGCCUGCCUACUUUUAAGAUAAUUAGAAUGGAUAGAGGUAUAGAGCAAGAGUCUGGAAAACAGACGUUCCAAAGUUAUUGGCCUAUGUGCGUCUAUUUUGCUCGUCGGUGGAAGCUGGAAAGAAAGUUCAGUUCUCCAAGAAACCAAGGAUCAUGGCUGUGAAAGAGUGGUUCAGGAGGCUGCAGCCGGUCCAGUUGUACCUGGUCCUGUUCUUCACCACCACUUUCUUCGUCGUUGAGAUUGUUGCUAGUCACGUGACUCACUCGUUAACGUUGCUGCUAAACGCUUACCACAUGCUGUGCAACGUAAUCGCGCUCGCUGGAUGCAUCGCAUCGAUCAAGUCGCCGAGUGAGAGAUCCGGAAAGGAGCGAGAGGUCCGUGAAAGCGAGAAGCCGAACAGAUUAGUGGAAAGAGCACAGAACGUGUGUGAUGCUUUGCUACGUAAAACAAGCAGCGCCCCCAACAUCGAACCCCCUGUUUUGUCUACGGGUUUCCCCUCGUCUCGCUCGAGAACGAAGUCGAGCCGAAUAGCUCAUCGUCGAAGCGGUAGCGGCCACAGGGGCAACAGUAGCGCCAGCUCCUCGCGGAAUUCCGUAAUUUGUAUCAAUAAUGAAGAUCGAGGCUCGACGACGUCCCUGUCGACCAAGACCAAGCAAUCACGAUCGGACAGGAGGAUGAUGAACACUUUCGGCUGGGCGAGGAUAGACGUCCUCACCAUGCUCAUCUGCUGCGUUUUCCUCGCGUCCUUCUGUUUCUCCUUGUUGGUGGAAGCAUUGCAGACUCUGGUACACAUAGAUCAUUUAGAUGAGAUGCAUCAUCCGUUGCCUGUCUUAGCCAUCGGCGCAUCUGGUAUCCUCCUGAACCUCUUCUGUUACAUAGUGAUAGGAGGAUACACCUUCAAUCAGGGCAUCGUCUUGCACGUUACGAUGAAUGGAGACGUGAUACUGCGAAGGAACGUGGAUUCUCAGCAAACGGCGGAAGGCGAGCGACAGCUCACGACUCAAACCAGAAGAAGUCCUUUGGGAAUACCAAAGAGUCAAGGUUUUCGAGAAACGUGUCGCGACGUGCUUGGCUGCGUCUUCGUCAUGUUAGUGUCGGUCAUAGUAUACUUCACCGACUCCAACGUGGCGAAGUACAUCGAUCCUCUGUUUGCUUUUAUUUCGGCCAUCUCCCUCUUCAUUCUUAGCUAUCCAUACAUGAAAGAAUCCGGUUUGAUACUCCUCCAAACGAUACCGAAUCAUAUCAAUAUCGACUCGCUUAAACGGGAACUGCUGGAAGCGUUUCCUGGUAUAGUUAACGUUCACGACUUGCAUGUGUGGCAACUGACUGGGCAAAAGAUAAUAUCAACGGUGCAUAUCAUAUUUUUAGAUCCGACGGUUUACGCGAGCAUUACCAAUCAGGUUACGGAAUUUUUCAUAGAAAUGGGCAUAACCCAAGUGACCAUACAACCAGAGUUCCAUAAGAUGAGGCCACAUCUGGAGAAGAGCGGCUGUUUGAUCCGCUGUCAUGGCGAACGCUGUAGUUCCUCGCAAUGUUGCACCAAAGAAAAGUUCAUGGAGGAUUCGUGUUCGGAUGUGUCGGUGCAGAAAAUGCAGACUAUAAAUAAGAAGCUGGAGGAAGACGAAGUUAUUCCAUCCGUGGUUGACUCGAGAUCAUCUCAACCACAGAACGAAACGACAAAUAGGAGCUCGUGUCGCUCGAACGUCGAGGAACCACCGACUGACAAAGACGACGUUGUCGACAGUGGUGUCUACGCGGUAAACGUGGACGUCAAUGACCAAAAAUGCGUUACAAGCGACUCGAAUCACGAGAUCCAAUGUUAGCGUCCUAAACAUAAGGCUCUUUAUUUUUAUUCAUUCAUAGACGUAGAAUUAAGAGCUGUGUCGAUAGGAACAGAUGCUAAUUUGGAUGUAAACAGGGUAUGUUCACGAGACAAAUAUCAUCUUUCGAUACUCUCAUAAAAAUAUUUGUGAUGUAAGAUCGAAACACUUUAAUAUCGCUCAUUCCACACGAAGCCAUAUUUCAAAUCAAAGACUGACUGUUAAUAGUAAGGAGUAGGGAUACCUAAAUUGCGUCUG